GAAGGCACCAUGUGGCCAUGUCCACUGUGGCUGCUGCUGCUGUCUGCCAGCGAGGUGGCCCUGGGCAGCCGGCAGGGUCGUUGGCGCCGGGAGCUGGCGCCGGGUCUGCACCUGCGAGGCAUCCGGGAUGCGGGCGGGCGGUACUGUGAGGAGCGCGACUUGUGCUGUCGGGGCCGCGCUGACGAGUGCGCCCUGCCCUACCUGGGCGCCACCUGUUACUGUGACCUCUUCUGCAACCGCACUGUCUCUGACUGCUGCCCCGACUUCUGGGACUUCUGCUUGGGGGUGCCGCCCCCUAUCCCCCCCAUCAAAGGAUGCAUGCACGAGGGUCGUGUGUACCCUAUCCAGGGAACCUACUGGGACAACUGUAACCGCUGUACCUGCCAGAAAGAAGAACAGUGGGAGUGUGACCAGGAACCAUGCCUAGUGGACCAAGACAUGAUCAAUGCCAUCAACAAUGGCAACUAUGGGUGGCGCGCUGGGAACCACAGUGCCUUCUGGGGCAUGACCCUGAAUGAGGGCAUUCUCUACCGCCUGGGCACUGUCCGCCCGUCUUCCUCUGUCAUGAACAUGAACGAGAUUCACACAGUGCUGGGGCCAGGGGAGGUACUGCCCACAGCCUUCGAGGCCUCCAAGAAGUGGCCCAACCUCAUCCAUGAGCCACUGGACCAGGGCAACUGUGCGGGUUCCUGGGCCUUCUCCACCGCAGCUGUGGCAUCAGAUCGAGUCUCAAUCCAUUCUCUGGGACACAUGACGCCCAUCCUGUCACCCCAGAACCUGCUGUCUUGUGAUACCCACAAUCAGCAGGGCUGCCAAGGAGGGCGUCUGGAUGGCGCCUGGUGGUUCCUCCGACGUCGAGGGGUUGUAUCUGACCACUGCUACCCAUUCUCAGGCCAUGACAGGAACAACGCAGACCCCGCGCCCCGCUGCAUGAUGCACAGCCGGGCUAUGGGUCGGGGCAAGCGCCAGGCCACUUCCCGCUGCCCCAAUGGCCACGCCCAUCGCAAUGACAUCUACCAGGUCACUCCUGUCUACCGCCUGGGCUCCAGUGAGGAGGAGAUCAUGAAGGAGCUGAUAGAGAAUGGCCCAGUCCAAGCACUCAUGGAGGUGCAUGAGGACUUCUUCCUGUACCAGGGCGGCAUCUACAGCCACACGCCAGUGAGCAGUGCUCGCCCUGAGCGAUACCGCAGACACGGGACCCACUCGGUCAAGAUCACAGGGUGGGGAGAGGAGACACUGCCUGAUGGAAGGACACUCAAAUACUGGACGGCAGCGAACUCGUGGGGCCCAGCCUGGGGCGAGAGGGGCCACUUCCGCAUCGUGCGUGGUUCCAACGAGUGUGAUAUUGAGAGUUUCGUGCUGGGCGUCUGGGGGCGUGUGGGCAUGGAGGACAUGAACCAUCACUGA